AUGUGGGCGAAUGGACGGGUGAAUCGAUCGGGACGGGAGACGGCGCUCGCGGCGCUGGCGCUCGGCGCGGCGCUCGGACGGCGGACGGGCUCGACGUGCGCGUUGGUGCUCGGUGGUGUGGCGAUGCGGAUCGGGGGUGGGGACGUCGGGGUGUUUGUCAUGUGUCUCGCGUUCGCGAUCGCGAGGCGGUUGGCGCGAGAGGUGGGGGAGGAGGUGUAUUUCAGGCACUGGGGAGGCACCGCGGCGUGCGAAGCCGUGGCGUUGGCGAUGACGGAGUUCGACGUGUUCGCGUCGUCCAGGGCGCGCGCGCGGGCGUUGGAGCGACGACGAGAGCUCGUGGCGAGGAUUAAAAAGGUGGGUUAG